AUGGCUGAAUCGCACAGACUCUACGUCAAGGGAAAGCACAUCUCCUACCAAAGAUCCAAGCACGUCACCAACCCAAACACCUCGCUCAUCAAGAUUGAGGGAGUUGCCAACGCUGACGAGGCCAAGUUCUACCUUGGUAAGAGAAUCGCUUACGUUUACAGAGCCACCAAGGAGGUUAGAGGUUCCAAGAUCAGAUGUAUCUGGGGAAAGGUUACCAGAACUCACGGAAACAACGGACUGGUGAGAGCACAAUUCAAGAACAACUUGCCAGCAAAGACUUUCGGUGCUUCUUAUAGUAACAGUAAUUUGUUUUACAUCUCUACACCAUCACAUGUUGCCAAAUCCCUGCACCCGAUAAUUGUAGUCCUUAAUUCUUUCCCCGCAAUGAUUCCUUGGGAAGGCCUAUGGCCUUUUGGCCUGAUGCUCACGUUCUUUGGGCUGUCUGGCGGUGCCAUGAAUGCUCUUUUCGUGAAUUCCAUCACCAGAAGCACAGAGUCGUCAAAGUCCCCUCAGCUUGACGAUAAUAACGAUCGUAUAUUUGUGAAGCCAAGGUUCAAUACCGAUCAAUGGGACAAGUACCUGGCCAUUAGAGACUUGAGACUCACCGGGUCUCUUAGAGGCCAGCAAGCUGAGCCAGAAGCACAUGAAUCAUUCGAGACAAACUCGCUGGUUUUUGCCAGUGAACAGAAAAAGCCUUGGGUGGUGAGAAAACACUUCAUUAUGCGCAACACUCCUUCCAAAUGGAUGAGCAGAUACGACCCAGAACAGUCCAAUAACUUGCAAUCUAUGAACGAAGACUUCUUGAGGGGUAUGAAGAAGAGCUAG